UAAGCGUCAACCAGCUUGCAAAAGAGACUCGUGCAAAUGAGGAGAAAUUAGUCUGGCUUCUCUGCGCAACAUCAACCAGUGGAAUCUUUCGUCAUCUUGGAGAUGGAGUGUAUGCCAACAAUCGAUUGUCCUCAGUUUGCGAAAAAGUUCAUCCAAAUUCCAA